CUUCUUUUUUUUUUUUUUUUGGUACUUCGGAAUAUCCUUGAGGCUAUACUCCCGAAAGUCCUCAAAGAUAAAAACAUUUUGGCUCUAUCUCCAAGUACGGGAUAUGGUCUACAGCGUUCAUAACCACUCCUCUUACGACAAAUUUGGUUAUACUGCUUUGUAUAAAAUAGUUUCAUGGUUGAAGUACUUUCAAAAUGCAUGACAAAUAUUAGGUGAUGAAAACAGAUGAUUCCAAGACACACAGAGUGAUUCUAAAAAUGGAUAAGAGAGAUCAUAGAUACCAAACUUUUCCCGUACAAGAUAAAGACGUGCAUGGCACUCACAAUAUGAACCACUGAUUGAACGAAAUCAGUGGGUUUCCUCUAAUCCCCAUCACUUUCUCCACAUUUUACUCAACACAUCUUAGAACUCACCCCUAAAACAUAUUCAUUCACCCUUGUCCUCAACCCCUUUCCUCCCAACCAUCUUUGCCAAAAGGCUUUUUACCAUGUCUGCAACCAUCUCAUUACCAUAACCUCCCUUUUAACCUCCUAUAUAGCUCUUUAAAACCAUGUAAAUUUACCGAUAAUCAUUUCGCUUGUUCCUUUUUCGGGUCAUCCUCAUUCCUUUUCUUUUCUUUUCUAUUCUUUUUGUUUAAUUGUCUCGUUCAGAUUUCCGUGGUUUAGGUUUAGGUCAAUGAGAGAUGGAUUCAGGGGAGGUGCGCCGAGUUUUCCAAAUGUUUGACCAAAAUGGGGACGGAAAGAUAACCAGGAAGGAGCUUAGCGAUUCGUUAGAGAACUUGGGUAUAAACAUACCGGACAAAGAGCUCAUGCAAAUGAUCGAAAGGAUCGAUGUAAACGGAGACGGGUAUGUGGAUAUUGAGGAGUUUGGCGAAUUGUACAAGACGAUAAUGGACGAAAGGGAUGAGGAGGAAGACAUGAGGGAGGCGUUCAACGUGUUUGAUCAAAACGGAGAUGGGUUCAUCACGGUGGAAGAGUUGAGAUCGGUGUUGCAAUCGCUAGGGUUGAAGCAAGGAAGAACCACAGAAGACUGCAAGAGGAUGAUAAAGAAGGUGGAUGUGGAUGGGGAUGGAAUGGUCAAUUACAAGGAGUUCAGGCAGAUGAUGAAGGGUGGUGGGUUUGCCUCCCUAAGUUCAAAUUGAUAGAACAAAAAUCUAGUAAACUUAAUUGGAGAGAGUGUCUCUUGUUACCAUGUAAGUAUGUUUCCAAUGGGUUCAACCCCAUAAUUGUGGAUUUUCAUUUCAUCCAACCUUUUAUGUGGUUUUAAGCUUUUCAUGAUUUCA